UGGAGGGUAAUUGAGAGGGACAAAACUCCUAGCAACUUAAUUUUAUGGUUUCAUCUACCGUGGGUCAGUUUAACUGACAAAGUGGUUCAGUUAUGUGAAAUCCAACAAUCUUGUGCGUUGGAUAGGAAUUAAAACGAUCCAAUGGUUGAGACGUUUUACCUAUUAAUGGAUACUAGAGAACCAACUUCAAUUUAUGUGCAUUUGCAAUUUGAGACAAUUUUAGAAGCUCUUUUUCCAAUUCAACCCCAUAAUCAAACAUUCUCCACCGCGAUUGUUCCUCCCCCUAUCAUCGUCACAACACCGCACUGCAGUGCAGGUUCACCGGCACGGUCGAAGAAUUGGGCACCAUCAAGUUGCUCAGCAUGGCCUCUGGUGGUGGCGGGAUCUGGUGGGUUCACCUCCUCUUCUCUUCGUCCUCCUUUUGCAUUUGGCAGUGGCGGUGGUGAGAUCCUGACCGCUGUUAAAGAUGGAUUUGAGGAGGAGGGUUUUUUGGGCUUGGUGAUGCAGGUCCAAGGGUUUUUUCUAUCUUCUCCGGCAUACGUAGAUCACGCGUUCUCAAUUUCAGACGAGGAUUUGUUCGAAACCUCGUACUCCGUCAACAACAAGCCACCCAUCAAGCAGAUCGGCCUCGCCGUAUCCCUUCUUGUCUUCGUUGUGCUCGGCAUCUUAAACGGCUCCCUCAUGGCCUACAACCAUGUCGGUUGUGACAAUGCUCAUGGUAACAAAACCCCUCUUUUUCCAUUUGGGUUUUCUGACAACCCCUAAAAAUUUGAUUUUUACAUUUCAAACUCUAAAAAAAUCUUAAAUUUCUGAUUAGAGGGUAGUAAUUGGCAAUUGGGUAGCUCGAUAAUUAGAGAUUACUGCUAAAGUUGAGAACUUUUUUACUGAAUUUUAGCUAGUACCUGGCAAGUUUGCCAUUAUCUGGUUUU